UGGAGAGACCCUCAGCCCUUGACACGGCGUGUCACCGUCCCUCGGCAGGUCAAGCAGGCUGUGCUCAGGGCGAUGGGUGCCAUGAUGGGUGUCCUCCUGCACGUGGAGGAGCACCGUGAGCACGCCUGGGAGCAUCUCCUCUGGCUGCUGCACCAGUAUCGGGAAGUCUGGGACCCCUUUGGGGUGACCGUGAGUCUCGGCUAUUUCCUGGGGGCUGUGGCAGACAUUCAGACCCGCGUGCCCCGGGCCAGGCAUCUGGCCAUCGCCACUGCUGUGCACCAGCAGCUCUGCGAUGAGAUGGAGCCGCCCAGCCCAGAGCACAGAGCAGAGCUGUGCCGCUGCAUGGUGCUGCAGGCCCGAAUUUGCCCGGAGGAGACCAUCGAGUUCCUCUACUACAAGCUGAGGAACGGGAACAAGGCCGAUCGCGUGGCAGCCAUGGCAGUGCUGCAAGCUCUGGUCCGCUCUGACGCCCCAGACACGAGGGAGAAGCUGCCCCUGUUUGCGAAGCUGGUGCAGUCCGUGUGCCAUGACCCCGCGGCCCAGGUGAGGAGGGCAGUGCUGCAUUUCAUUGGGGAGCUGCUGCGCUCCAGUGCCCUGGGCUGCUCGGCGUGGGACGUGGUGGGGCACCUCUUCAGCGAGUUCAGCCGGGCCUCGGGCAGACUGGCAAUGGGAAACCUUAGCAUGGUGGAAGCGCGGGAAGAAAGGGCUGUUCAGAGCCUGUGCGCCCACGUGCUGGGCACGCUGGAUGUCUCUGCCGGAGCGGUGGCCAAACUCCUGUGGCCGAAGCUGCUGUGGUACGUGGUGCCAGCCAAGUACACGGGCAUGAUGGUCCCGCUCUGCCGCUGCCUGCGCAGCCUGGCCGAGAGACGGGACAGGGCAGAGCAGGAGCAAGAGGAGGCGGCGCCUGAGGCCCUGGAGUCUGAGGAGCCAGCCGCUCUGCCAGCUCCCCAGGCCCUGCUGGCUCGCCUGCUGGUGGUGGCGGCAGUGGCUCCACACGCGGGCGGUGGCCGUGGAGCCGCGGCCCUGCAGCUGCUGCAGGCGCUCCCCAGCACGAUCCACGGAGCCGUGGGGGCGAAGUGGGCCGCAGACAUCCCCCUGCUGCUGCAGCACCUGGCAGGAACAACAGCGAGCUCCCUGGACGUGGCCGAGUGGGAGAGCCUUCUGCUGAAGUUCCUGCAAACCUCUCUGGAGCUCAUUGCGAGUGAGGCCUGGACCGUGGGCCUGAGCCAGGAGCUGAGCCGGCAGCUGGGCAGCUCUCCCCGCCUGUCCUGGGAGAAGCGGUUCCUGUACAAGGCUCUCGGCACGGCCCUGGCAGCUUGUGGGUGUCUCCACCACGUGCAGGAGCAGACCUUGGAGCACCUGAAAGCAGCCAACUUCCUGGAGCUGUGGCAGGCACAGGUG